AGAAAACAACAACAGGUUCCUCAUCAAACACCACACGUAGAGGUGCCAUCAAGUAUUCGAAGGAUCUUCGGUGUUUAUUUGGGUUCCUACAAGGUUGUCGUCGUCCUCUCUUGCCAACGAUGCUCGCGUACUCAGCAAUGCGUGCGCCACCCGCCAGGGAUUACACCUUCGGCAGCAGCCACCUGCUCGAGGCACUGUCGCUCUGUGAAUCCAUUCUCGCACGGUACAAGCGGUGCGGGCUGGCGAUGUCGGAUGCGGAGCUGAACUCGUUUCACAGCGUUCAGCGCCGCGUCAGCGCCGUCUCUGAUGAAGCUUACAAGGACCCAAUGGACAGCGUUCAGGCGCAGGAGAAGGCGACCUCCUCUCGCCACUCCCUCCGCGACUUCACAAAGCUCGCCCAGAAUUGCCUCAACCUGCAGCGUUCUAUCUCCGAAACGGCGCUCAUCCUCAACAAGGAGCUGACGACCCUUUUCGGUUGCCCCGCCCACACCAACUACUUGAACGAGAGCGAAAAUGUUCUGUGCGACCCCGUCACUGAGGCGAUUACCGCGAUGGACACGUGCACGCAGCUUGGCGCGUGUGGCGUGUCGCGUCAACGGUUUUCGUCCCCGGGCGCCACCUUUCUCCCUCUGCUGCAUCAGAACGAUCUGGUCGGCUGCGUGGAGCUGAGCGGGCAGGUGACGAACUCCAACGACACGUUUCAGCAGUGCGCCUUGCGUGUGGCCGCCUCCGCGCUGCGCAACGCGGUGCUGGUGGAUCAGCUCAGCUGGGAAACGCACAAGGCAGAGGCGAUGGUGGGCAUGGCGACCCGGCUGGCCCGCGACACGCUGGACGAGGCGGUGCUGGUGCAGUCCAUCAUCAACACGGCGAAGACGCUGACGGAGAGCGACCGGUGCAGCAUCUUUCUGGUGAAGGACGACGGCACGCUGGAGGCGCACUUCGAGGACGGCAAGGUGGUGGUGAUGGCCGCCGGGACAGGCAUCGCGGGGUACGUUGCGAAGACGGGCAUGGUGGUGAACAUCCCCAACGCGUACGAGGACGAGCGCUUCAACCGCGCCGUGGACAAGCAGACGGGCUACCAUACACGCACGAUUCUGUGCCUCCCGAUCAUGUACGAAGACACGAUCGUGGCGGUGGCGCAGCUGAUCAACAAGCAGGACAUGGUCACGGAGAGCGGGCUGCGUCUGCAACGCGUGUUUGGGCAGCGCGACGAGGAGCUGUUCAAGACGUUCUCGAUGUUCGCCGCCGCAUCGCUGCGCAACUGCCGCAUCAAUGAGACGCUGCUGACGGAGAAGCGGAAGAGCGACGCGAUUCUGGACGUUGUGACGCUGCUGUCGAACACGGACAUCCGCGAUGUGGACGGGAUUGUGCGGCACGUGCUGCACGGUGCGAAGAAGCUGCUGAACGCGGACCGCUCGUCGCUGUUCCUGCUGGACAAGGAGCGCAACGAGCUGUACAGCCGCAUGGCGGACAGUGUGACGGGGAGCGAGAUCCGGUUCCCGUGUGGUCAGGGCAUCGCCGGCACGGUUGCGGCGGCGGCUGUUGGCGAGAACAUCGUGGACGCAUACGCGGACCCGCGCUUCAACAGUGCGGUGGACCGGUCACUGGGCUACCGCACGCAGUCGAUCUUGUGCGAGCCGAUCGUGCUGAACAACGAUGUGCUUGCCGUGGUGCAGCUGGUGAACAAACUGGACGAGGACGGUACAGUAAAAUCCUUCACUGCGGCUGACCGAGCCACAUUCAAAGUGUUUUCGCUGUUCGCCGGCAUCUCCAUCAACAACAGUCAUCUGUUUGAGUUUGCUGUGAAGGCAGGUCAGGAGGCGAUGGCGCUGAACCUUCAUCGAACCAUCGCCCCCGUGGGAGCGCAGAAGUCGAACAACGCCCCGAAGCUUUUCGACAUAAGCAAAGUGGAGCGCGACGCCGUGCUGGCGAUCGACUUCCAGGAUGCGUACGACUUCACCUCGCCAGCGUUCAACCUGUUCGACGUGCGUGAAAACUCCAGUGAGCCGCUGGACGCCGCCGCUGCGGUUGUGCUGCAGCUGCUGUGGAGCACCGGGCUGCCGGAGAAGUUCAAGUGCCGCAAGGAGACGCUGCUGACCUUCAUCCUGCAGUGCCGCCACAUGUACCGCCGCGUGCCGUACCACAACUUCUACCACGUGGUGGAUGUGUGCCAGACGCUGCACACGUUCCUCUACGCCGGGAAGGCGUCGGAGUUCCUGACGGACCUGGAGUGCUACGUGCUGCUCGUGACGGCGCUCGUGCACGACCUGGACCACAUGGGCGUGAACAACAGCUUCUACCUGAAGACGGACUCGCCGCUCGGUAUCCUGUCGAGCGCGAGUGGCAACAGCUCUGUGCUGGAGGUGCAUCACUGCAGGCUCGCCAUUGAGAUUCUCUCCGAGCCCAGCUCCGAUGUCUUCGAGGGAUUGACUGAGGAGGAAGUGACGUACGCGUAUCAGAGUCUCAUCGAAUGUGUGCUGGCCACCGAUAUGGCCAAACACGGGGAAGAACUGAAGCGCUUCGAUGAUAUGGUGCAGGCAUCCUUCAACAAGGAGGACGAAGGACACCGACGACUUGUGAUGGAGACGCUGAUUAAGGCGGGUGACGUGUCCAACGUGACGAAGCCGUUUGAGACGUCGCGGAUGUGGGCGAUGGCGGUGACCGAGGAGUUCUACCGUCAGGGCGACAUGGAGAAGGAGAAGGGCGUGGAGGUGCUGCCGAUGUUCGACCGCUCCAAGAACACCGAGCUGGCGCGUGGCCAAAUCGGCUUUAUUGACUUUGUGGUGGGCAAGUAUUUCAAGGACAUCGUGGGAGGUCUGCUGCACGGGAUGCAGUGGUGCGUGGACGCGAUUGCUGACAACCGCGCGCAGUGGCAGAAGAUCCUGGAUGCGCCGCUCAGGAGCACCUCCAUGACGUCGUCGUGA